UCUCAGGCGACUGUUGUCGAUGAGUGCUUCCUUGAGGAGCGGUGGGGUCUAGUUUACCCCGAGCUGGUUUCUUCUCUGGAGUGGCAAAUGGAGAGCUCAAGCCUCGUUCUCCCUGAGGAAUGCAAGUCCGUUUGGAUCUAAAAGGCAAUCUUAACAGAGCUGAUAGAAAAUAGAGAAGAGAGUUUUGAAGUAGGAACUGAACCCACAAACUGCCUUUCAGCAGAGUACAGUUCAUUCUUGUACCCGGGAGAUACUAAUUUUUGCAACUGUUUCACAAGAAAAUGGCUUUUCAGUUCAACUUCUGUAUAGAGAACAUGGCAGAAAGCAGACCACAGGCUCUUGAAGAUAGAAAGUCACAACAAGAAUUGGUACAGGAUUCUUUAAUCCUUCUGGACAAGCAGGAAAACCUGGUAGAAAAAAGAAAUAAUAUUUCCAGAAAUGAUAUUUCCUUGGAAGAAAAUACAUUUAACCAGGAACUUUUAUCAGAAAUGCCUGCUGAAGUGGCAGAUCACAGCUCUUUAAAUAAAAACAAUAUCACUUUGCCAGAGAAGUAUUCUUGCCCUGUAGCUGCCAAGGAGCAUAAUGUCCCUAAAGACGUCAGCAAAAUCUUGGAAAAUAAAGUUGUGGAGACACUACAAGGCCUGUGCCAUGCAACUAUUUCUGUAGUAAAGGCAGCACUCCCAGAUUACUCCCAUGGGGACAACAUACUGAUUAAAAGUAUUUCUUCUCAUUCAGACCUAAUCACAGGUGUCUAUGAAGGAGGUCUGAAAAUAUGGGAAUGCACGUUUGAUCUCAUGGACUACAUUUUAGAAGCUGAAGUUCAGUUUGCACGCAAGGUAGUUUUGGACCUGGGCUGUGGGGCUGGACUGCUGGGAAUCACUGCACUGAAGGGAAAUGCUGAAAAAGUCCACUUUCAGGACUAUAACAGCAUGGUAAUUGAAGAAAUAACUCUGCCUAAUGUACUAGUAAACUGUAUUUGUCAGAAUGAUGAUUCUGGGGGAAUUACUGAUUCUUCCCUACAAAAUCUCCAGGAAAGAGACUUCAAUCAAGACUUAAUUUUUAAGUGCAAGUUCUUUUCUGGGGAAUGGUCAGGAUUUUAUACGCUUUUACUAAAUAGCAAUAUACCCUUAGCAAAAUACGAUCUUAUACUCACCUCAGAAACUAUUUACAAUCCAGAUUAUUUUGAAGCUUUGCACGAUACACUUUCAAAAUUACUGAAAGCAACUGGCUGUAUAUAUUUGGCUAGCAAAGCACAUUAUUUUGGGUGUGGAGGUGGGGUUCUGUUAUUUACAACAUUUGUUGAAAAGAAAAAUGUGUUCAAGGCUAGAACUGUUAAAAUUAUUGACAAAGGGCUAAAGCGGUUCAUUAUUGAGCUCGUGUUUAAGAAUCCUGCCUAAAAGUGCAUUAAUAAAGAUGGUCAUUUUCUUGGCGAACUCA